AUCACCUGCAACCACUGCGGCACCUCGCCUAUUCGGGGAUUCCGCUUCAAAUGCGCCAACUGCAUCGAUUACGACCUCUGCGAAACCUGCGAGCCGCUCGAGGUUCACUACAAGACCCAUACCUUCCUCAAGAUCCGCAUCCCCAUCCCGCCGCUCGCCAACGCCCGCGCCCCGCUGACAUCGGUGUUGUAUCCAGGUACGCAUCUGGGGGCUGCUGGCACAAGCACCUAUGACUUUACACAGCUUCAAAAAACGACGCACUUCGACGUUGUCGAGCUCGAGGCCCUCUACGACCAGUUCCGCUCGCUCUCGACCGUCGAGGGCUCCAAGGGCGGCAUCACCAAGGAUACCUUCGAGUACUGCCUCGGCCCCCUCGGCGUGGAGAAGAACUUGAUCAUCGAUCGCAUCUUUUCGUUCUUUGACCAAGACGACGACGGCAUCAUCAGCUUUGAGGAGCUGGUCUUUGGGUCCAGCAUCCUGUGCAAGGGCAGCCUUGACGAGCGUAUCAAGUACGCCUUCAAGGGCUACGAUCUGGAUGGCGACGGAUUCAUCUCGAGAGAGGAGCUUCGUCGCAUGCUCAAGUCGUAUCUGCAUCUCACCAUGGAGCUGGUGCGCGACGUUGUCAAGACCAUGGAGGAGGGCAUGAUGGAGAGCUUUGACGAUGAGGCAGCCAAGCCCGUCUCGGCAUCGUUCUAUGCUCCGAUCCAGAGCCAAGGCAACCCCUCCACCUUUGACGAUGAGGACGACGAGGAGGAGGGCGAAGGCUCGGCUCGGUCGCCCACACAUGCCACCCUGCCGUCACCGCACAUGGCCACGAGUCUGCCGGACUCGAUGCUGUCGACAAGCGAUGACCAGCGCCGCAUCCAAACGAUCCUCCAGAACCGCUCGACCAAUGUGUCGCCGACGCCGAGCGACACCAACACCGCGCGCGAGAGCGGGCUGUUCCAUGGAUACAACCCCUCGCACGGCUCCUUCUCGAUGACGGACGGCGACCAUGUGCACUUCCCGGUCAUGGAGGAGAUGUCGCAGGACGCGAUCGAGGAAAUGGUCGACAAGACCUUCCAGGCUGCCAAGGUCGAGCGCAAGGACUACAUGUCCUUUGAGGAGUUCAAGGGCGUGGUCGAGAAGGACAGCAACUUGCUAUCGUGGUUCGAGGUAGGCGACCUGCCUUCAUUGUCUGAUUGCCUGCAGACCGAUUGA